AUGGGUUCCAAUGCAAGUAUUAUGUUGCAGCAAGAAGAUUUGCAGAAUAUAUGUCAACAGACAGGUUUCACCGCUAAACAGGUACAACGUUUAUAUAGCCGUUUUAAGACAUUGGAUAAACGUGAUUGUGGAUUUUUAACACGUGAAGAUCUUUUAUGCAUUCCAGAAGUAAAUAUUAAUCCAUUAGGAGAACGAUUAAUUGAUGUUAUUAUGGAUGAUUACGGUGAAAAUAAUAAAAUUAAUUUUAAACAAUUUAUUUUUCUUCUUGCUAAAUUUCGUCGUGGAAGAGUUAAAUCAUCGACAACAGAAUUUAAUACACGUGAUAGUAAACUUAGAUUUUUAUUUGAUAUGUAUGACAGAAAUCAUGAUAUGAAAAUAGAUCGAGAAGAAUUAUUACAAGUUCUUAAAAUGAUGGUUGGUGGAAAUAUUCAUGAUGAUCAAAUAGCAACAAUUGCCGAUCAUACAAUCGGUGAAUUGGAUAGUGACGGUGAUAAAUCAAUCACAUUCGAAGAAUUCUGUAAAACACUCGAACGUAUUGAUGCAGAUGAUAAGAUGAGCAUGAAGUUUUUAAGCUAA